CCAAGCCACCCACUGCUACCGGCUACGGUGCUCGAGGACUUCACAACUCCAGAAAGCGUUACAUUAUGUCUUUUCUAGACCUGCCAAACGAGAUAAUCCUUCUGAUCGCAAGAGGCUUCCGGACUGCAGACUUUCGAACGGGGGGGAGAUACCGACAACGGGAGUGUCCUCGGUAAGCAAGACAUCUGUCCGCACACUGAUAGACUGCGAUGUCGACACAACGGCCAAGGGGGGGAACCGCCUGACGCUACUACACGCAACAGUUCGCGAGAGACGUCCCGCAAUCGUAGAAUUACUCCUGGAGGUGGACGGAAUCGUCCUACAUUCGCAGCAGUGCGACCGAACGCCGCUACGCGACGCCGCCACGAUGGGAGGACACAGAUAAGCCAGGCAUUCCCGGCGGGCCCGCUAGCCCUAUACCCUGCGGCCAACCUAUCCGACAAGGGGAUGACACUGCUACACCUGUCAGAUGAGGGGCUCGACGCCAACAUCCGCGGCACGUGCAACUGGACGCCGCUGCAGCUGGCCGUUUGUCAGGACAAAGACCGGAACUACAUACUCAUGAUACUGCUAGCCAAUAAGCGCGUGGACCCGAACCUCAAGAGCCAAAACGGCUUGACACCAUUUCGUGAGGCGGUCAAGCUCGGUUGCGAAGCCGCAGUUCUGAUAUUCAUGACCUCUGGCACGCUCGACAUCAGCGCCGGGGACUCGGGCGAGGAGACGCUGCGGCAAGAAAGAGGAAUGAGGGAGUUUCUAGGUUGCUGCUUGAAAGGAGCGAUCUUGAUCUUGAUGCCAAUCGUGUUGGUAGCAGUUCAAUUAGGUCGCUGGCGAUGAGCUACUCCUCUACUAUCAGGAAGCUUGUGCUGGAUUAUGGGGGUUCUGGACAGCAAGUUGUGAACGAGGCAUCCGUCUCCCGGAAGAAAGUGGCUGGAGGGAGAACUGGGAGGUGGAAUAGGUGGGGGUAUGCCUAAAGUGUGUACGAUAGAAGCGUGUGGACGCAAUACCGUUCGUGCGACUAUGAAAGUACAACUCAGCUGAGUGAGCUGUUGCGAUUGAAGACUUGAUUGCAUCGUCUUUGCCACCUCGACUUGACACUCACAGCAAAUGGGCGGGGGAAACACGAAGCAAAGAUGGAACAGGAGCCCUCGGGACUCAGGGGAGACACCAGAUGAUCCAAUUCCUCAGAAAAAUCCAACACCACAGAACAGCGAACCAUAUCAAAUCACAUAGGCACGAAGCCAUCAAAAUUCCAAUUCCAUUUCGCCUGCACGAUUGCGUACAUGAGCUGCCCUCAUGACCCUAACACCCCUCCGAGCAAGUACACCCCCAAGAACAUGCCCCUGAUCGUACCAUUGGCAUAGAAUAAUAAAAAAGCGAGUACGUGAGGCAAUUAUCUUCCCUCCCCUUUCCGCCUGAUGGCCUUUCCAUCUGCACCUUUGACUCCCUCGUGCGCGCUGAAACUUUUGAAUUUCCCUCUACCUUACCCCAGCAUCAAGCAGACGCCAGGCGGCCCCUGUUAGCGCUACUGGGAGAGUACAUUCGGGAUGAAAGCCAAUUGGCCAAUUCCUGCGAGCUAUCGGGCCGCCUCAAGUGUGGGGGAAAAUGCGAUGUUCCUUACAGGCGUACGGGGAGCGUCCGGUUAACGCCUUCAGCGAUCGCUUGCAUUAGCGUCUCGUUAUCGAUAUCGCAUAGGGUCUCCGGGGGUCUAGGUCUGGUUGGUAUUUGUAGUAUCGUGGUGGUGGUGAGUGCGGGUCGAUUGUCUAUAAUGUUAUAUCAAAGGGUCGCCUGUUAUAUGUGCUUGUAAUUAACGGGAGAUGGCUACCCGAAAAAGUUAGACCCAUUUUACGAGGUCACAGCACAGUACGAGUAGGGGGUUGAGAGUAUUUACUCUGUCUCCUGUUGCGAAGGCGGAUGGUCGGUAUUAUACGUGAUUGCAAUCUCGACUGGUUCUCUAUGGUUGUAAAGUACAUUACAGGCGCGACACCAUCACAUCGAUAGGGU